AUCACUUCUCAUGAGCAGUUUAUAUUUUGUUUGAAACAUAUUUAUAUUUCUAAAGAAUACCAAUUUCACUAUUGAUUUUUGGCUGUUUUAACGUGUUCCUCGACAAGGAUUCUUCCACAUCCUACAGUCUUACUAAAUACUUAGACUCCCUAUAAAGAAAUCCAAAUUCGUGCCACCACCUUUAAUAAAAUAAAAUCGAAAGCAAUGGCAAAUAUACUUAAAUUCUUUGAAAAUCUCGAGAAGAUACUAAGUCCAGAGAGCCAGUCUCAUUUUGUCUCCUCAAACUUAAGAACAAUAACGAAAGAUACAGAUACGAAGAUUAGUUUUAUGGCACUUAGUCAGUUCUUGCAAGACAUAUUCAAUGAUAUAGAUGCCAUUGCAACUGAGUUAAAGAAAGAUGAAACACUUUUAGUGAGUGUUAAAAACCAAAAAACCCUACGAACAUGUUUUCAAUUGAUAACUUCAUUGGGUGUGUCAAGGUGUCUAAUUCCAGGUUUAGGAAUAAAUCUAUCCAAAAGAUGCUUAUCAGCAGCCAUUCUUCACCCACUAACCUUGACUGAUGAGGAAAAAUAUGAAAUGCUUACAGAGUGCACUGAUUUUUUCACUCGGUGCUAUGUGGUACCAGUUUUAAAGAAUAUUAUAGUGACACUGCAUCUAUCUGAUUACUUGGCUGCUCUUAUACAGUUAUCAUUUGCUCCUCUGAAGAAACCCGGAACUUAUAAUAAUUUCAUUAUGACUCAAGAGUUAUAUGGCAGGCUAAAUAUAGAUAGAAAGAAAUAUCAAAGAGUGUAUGAAAAUUUGGUAGAAAAUUGCUUUCAGCCAAUACUCAUGAAAGAGCUAUUAGUCCUUCAAGGUGUGACAGACCCCCAGCCUCCUGCUUUUGUCAAAAGGGUUAUAGCUAAGGAGAUGAGUAGCAGAUUGCUAGCCCCUGGAGGCUUGCUCAGCCUCAUAAGAUGUUUUAUUGAGAGUUAUGGCAUAGAUUCUGGAUUUGAGUGGAAAAAAAUUGACUUGAUAUGUAAAAUAGUGGCUGCUAAACAUGGAAAUGGCUCUGAAAAUGAUUACCUCAGUAACAUAUGUUCACAGUUGAAAAAUAUUUUAAUGUCAAAGAACACACAUUACUUGGCAACAGCCAUAGCCUGUGUCCUAGUGUUGAACGAGACAUAUCCGCAAUCAGAAGCAGUGAAAGGUUUAGUCAAAAAUAUAUUUCAAACACUGGUUUAUGAUGAAUUAUCAUUGAGACAAUACUUACCGGGCACUAUAGCUCUGUCAGCCCUGGAGGUGGAGCGGGCAAUCAACAUGUUGCAUGCAUGUGUGUACACCACUAAACUAGAGUGGCCUGCAGCUCUACUGCACCCUAAUUUGUAUUUGCUUUUUAUGAUUGGGGUAAAAUGUACCAAAAAUGUAGAGAUGAAAACAAAAAUAAAAGAAAUACUUUUAAAGUUAUUAGAGACACUGUGCCAAAAUAAUGUGAGGUCUACAAUGAUCAAAUUGCUAUUUGGGCAUGAUGAAGGAAAAAAUAAUAAGAUAUCUGUAGAAGAAUAUGAAGCAGGGAUUGCUGUUAAAUUUGUAUCAGAUGUGGUUGAAUACCCCAGGAAGGAUGCCCUUUCAUAUUUUAUUACUUUGUUCAAAGCUUCAACAAACCUCACUUUUGUACAGGCAAUAUUUGAAAGUUCAUUGCAAAUUCUUAUUGAUUUGACUGAAAAGAGGAAAGAAAACAGAAAUAAGAAUAUGUUGCUAACUCCUGAAGAUGGUCCAAUUCUCUUAGACAAUAUUGAUGAAAAAUAUGUAGACAUUCUGCAGCUUCUCUCUGAAAUAUGCACAUAUCCUAAAGUGAUUUCUACUUUAAAAGAUUCUCCGGCAGGUGUGCUUAAUUUCAUAGAAUACUUUCUUAUGAGAAACUUUGGGAACUCUGAUGAUGAAUGUGUAACUAUAGCCUUGGUUUUAUUGAAUACAAUACUGGAAAACUCCAGUGAGAAUAAAGAUACAGAAAAAAUGUUUAACAAUAUUACUCCGGUGUUGAAGAGAAUGGCAGAAGAUGAAUCGGCGUUAAACAAUAUCCUGUGUAAAGAGGCUUUAUCUUUGAUAAAAUGUAAUAAGCCACAGCAGCCUGAAACAGCCUGUGCUAAAGCUAUUGCAGAUGUGUUUGACCCGUUGUUGCCAGUCAGGGCUCAUGGUAUUAUAGAGCUCACUAAAUUGAUUGAUGCUAAAAAUCCAGAAGCCAUUUCUAAGAAACAUUUUAUAUUCUGCCUUUUCCAGGAUCAAUUAAAAGACACUGAUUCCUAUGUCUACUUAGCAGCAAUAAAUGGCAUAGCAUCUCUAGGUUCCCUAUGUACUGAAGAUGUACUCCAUGUCCUAUGCAAGGAAUUUAUUCAGAUUGCAGACCAACCUCACAUUCAGACCACAAAGGACCAGAACAGUUCGGCAGAACUUAAAAUGAAAAUUGGUGAUAUUAUUGUAAAAGUUACCAGGAAACUUGGUGAAAUUGCGGUAAUGCACAAAACGAUUCUGCUAAACACAAUGCUCAGUGCGUGUCGGCACGAAGACCCUUUCAUGCGGGCCUCUGCCCUUUCCAACUUGGCUGAAAUUGCUCUGGUCCUCCACUACAGAGUAGGAUCCAUCAUUUAUGAGAUACUUCUAUGCGUUUGGAGUAUCAUAGAAACGGAUCCAGCUGUCGAGUGUCGCCGGGCAGCCGUCAUGGUCAUAUCAAGCCUACUGAAAGGCCUCGGUAAGGACACUCUCAUAGAACUGAAGGACAACCUGCUACCUAUAUACAGGACUCUAAAAGACCUAUACAGAGACCCCGACGAAGACCCUACAGUAAGACUACACGCUCAAAUAGCUCUUGAAGAGCUCAAUGAUAUCGUCAAGCAGUUCUUAACUCCUACACUAUCCAUGGAUCGAUCUUUUGUCUUAGGUGAAACUAAGGAUAUUGUUUUUAAAUAAAAUUGCGACG